GACUACUUCCUCCCCCCUGACCUCCACCUUCCAGCCACUAGGACUACUCUCCCUCUCCCCCUCCCCCACCCUGACCUCCACCUUCCAGCCACUAGGACUACUCUCCCUCCUUCUUUCCCAGUCUUCCACACUCGUCAUGCUGAGCAAAGUGCAGAGCGACCACGAUUGGUUACUGUGGUCCGACCGUGCGGUUACAGCGCCCUCAGAAAGGUGACGGUGCUGUUAAACCGUAGGGGCGUGGUCUCGUACGAACAGCUUCUAUUGGACGUCUCCGAGGCGCUGGGCUUCCCUCGCUGGCACAGGGCCAGAGUCACACGCCUUUACACGCCACAUGCACGAGAGGUGUGUCUAACCCGCCUCUCCCUACAGGUGUGUCUAACCCGCCUCUCCCUACAGGUGUGUCUAACCCGCCUCUCCCUACAGGUGUGUCUAACCCGCCUCUCCCUACAGGUGUGUCUAACUCGCCUCUCCCUACAGGUGUGUCUAACCCGCCUCUCCCUACAGGUGUGUCUAACCCGCCUCUCCCUACAGGUGUGUCUAACCCGCCUCUCCCUACAGGUGUGUCUAACCCGCCUCUCCCUACAGGUGUGUCUAACCCGCCUCUCCCUACAGGUGUGUCUAACCCGCCUCUCCCUACAGGUGCGGGGUGUGUGUGAUUUCUUCCGUGGCGAAGCGGCGUUCCUGGCGUUGGGAAAGUCUCUGAGCUCCGGAGCGUCGAGGAGGCCCUGGAGGAGCUGUUACUGCAACGACGCGCUCCGGGCCUGGGAGAGGAGGUUACGCCCUUCACCUGAUGAAGCUACCAAGGCCGACAGCGGAUACAGCGAAGGGACGGACACACACUCGCACCUCGACACGGACACACUGACAAACGGAGAUACACUUACACAAGGACGCAACCUGGACAGACACACACAUCACAAAGCAGACACACACAGGCUUAAACACCCAAACACACUGACACACUCCAAUACACACCCAAACACACGGACACACCCCAAUACACACCCAAACAGGCACUUCAUACACAACAACCCAACCAGACAGUCCAUACACCCUACUCACACACACCUGGACACGGAUGCACACACACAUACACACCCUAACACACAUUCUAAACGAAACUCCACACACCCCUCUCACCCCCCCAAUCAUCUUCAGAGGGUCAGAGUGAAAAGCGGAACUAGAGGGAGACUAUCCUCACCGAUAGGUCCACUUACCCAGGAAGAGGAGAUAGACACACCCUCUCCUCCACGCAGCAGGAACUGUAAGCUCUCUGAUCGACCCAGUCAGAGAGCAGGGAGGGCUCCACUUCCUCCCGUAACCAGGAAGCAAACAGGAAACAGACCAAAUGACCAGGAAGUAGAGAAACCUCACGUCGGUCCUGCCCGGUGCCACACUGGAUCAAUCUGUAGGAUUGAGGAGGAGUCCCUCAGCCAAUCAGAACAUUGCUCCUCAGAUUCUAAACAGGAAGAGGCUGGGACUAAACAGGAAACUAUCUUUGACCUCCCGUCUGACAAUAGUGAUGUCACUCUGUCGGAUAUUGAGUGUUACUAUGACAUCGGCCGCACGGUCGGAGACGGAAACUUUGCUGUUGUGCGCGAGUGUCGUCGGCGCAACAACGGGGAAGCCUUCGCUGUAAAGAUUGUGGAGCGCUCAAAGCUGAUUGGCCGAGAGCACAUGAUGCAGAACGAGCUGAGCAUUCUGGGUAGCUUGUCACAUCCCCGCGUGGUGCGCCUCUUCACACACCACCACACACACACACAUUCCUAUCUUGUCAUGGAGAUGGUUACCGGGGGCGACCUGUUCGAGGCGAUUGCAGAGCGUGGGAAGUUUCCGGAAGAGGAGGCGGGGCAGAUGGUGUGUGAUGUCAGUGAAGCUCUGAGAUACAUUCACAGCAAGACCAUAGUACACAGAGACCUGAAACCUGAAAACCUACUGGUGGAGUACAGUAAUGAUAGGGUCAGUAGGUUGAAGCUGGGUGAUUUUGGACUGGCCAUGGUUGUAACAGAACCCAUCUUCACUGUGUGUGGAACACCCACCUAUGUCGCCCCGGAGAUCCUCUCAGAGACAGGGUAUGGUCUGCCGGUAGACCUGUGGGCGUUGGGGGUGAUAGUCUACAUCCUGCUCUGUGGGUUCCCUCCGUUCCGGAGAAGAGACAGAGACCAAGAGGAGCUGUUCCAGCUGAUCAGAGAGGGACACCUUACCUUCCUGGCCCCUUACUGGGAUCACAUAUCUGACGCAGCACAAGGUCUGGUGAAAGCCUUGCUACAGGUGAAUCCAACAGAGAGACUGACAGCAGUGCAGACUCUGAAGCAUCCCUGGAUUCAAACCACUACAGACCAGUACAGACCAGUAAAAACCAGUACAGACCAGUACAAACCACUACAGACCAGUACAAACCAGUACAGACCAGUAAAAACCAGUACAGACCAGUACCGACCAGCACAACCCAGUAAAGAGCAGCACAGAUCACUACAGAGAGCAUCAAAAUCAUCAACCCAACUCAACUCAUCGACAGCCCCAAUCAACCAGUCGUCUGCUCCAGCAAGAGCACCCCUCAAACCCCACAUCCAAUCCCCCCAGCCCACAUCCAAUCCCCUCCUUUCACCCACCUCCCUCCAAACACCCACCCUGUCUCAGCCCACCAAACACCCACCCUAUCUCAGCCCACCAAACACCCUGUCUCAGUCCACCAAAUAGCGUGUCCCAGUCCACCAAACACCAGCAGCACCCCGCCCCACCGUUCCAGCAGUGUACCACCCCCCCCAGUAGCAGCACCCCUCCAAAUCUCCCCAGCCCCACUUCCCCUCAACCCAGCCUCCUGAUUGAUGGGGUUCCUAAUACUUUAAACACCUCUCCUCCAGGACUUGUAAAGAUCUGAUAUUCUGUACAGAAUGCCCCCCAUUGUCAUACACUGAUGUUCAGUUCCUCUUCAACUAUAUACAUAGAUGGCAGAUUGUAGUAUUUAGAUGGUAGGUUGUAGUAUUUAGAUGUAGAUGGCAGAUUGUAGUAUUUAGAUGGUAGGUUGUAGUAUUUAGAUGUAGAUGGCAGAUUGUAGUAUUUAGAUGGUAGGUUGUAGUAUUUAGAUGUAGAUGGUAGGUUGUAGUAUUUAGAUGGCAGAUUGUAGUAUUUAGAUGGCAGAUUGUAGUAUUUAGAUGGCAGAUUGUAGUAUUUAGAUGUAGAUGGUAGGUUGUAGUAUUUAGAUGUAGAUGGUAGAUUGUAGUAUUUAGAUGGUAGGUUGUAGUAUUUAGAUGUAGAUGGUGGGUUGUAGUAUUUAGAUGUAGAUGGUGGGUUGUAGUAUUUAGAUGGUAGGUUGUAGUAUUUAGAUGGUAGGUUGUAGUAUUUAGAUGUAGGUUGUAGUAUUUAGUUCAGCAGAUAACUUAAUACUUUCAAUAAAUGUUUUUUUUCUGACACCGUGUAGUACACACACACUAGUAAUAAAUAUCUAAACUUACUUUGAACUGACGUGCUAUAUGACAAUAACAAGACGACAGCCAAUCAGAAUCUAUUAUUUAUUUGUCAUUGGUUUAACACAGAAGUAUUUUAAUACAGUGACAUCAUCAACAGUGCAUUAGAGCAGUGUUUCCCAAACUCGGUCCCCCA